CCGGCCCCGCGCCACCCGCCACCCGCCGCGAUCGAUACACACCAACACGCAUGCAUAGCGCACUACUGAUUACCAUGUAAUGCGCGGAUCUACCACCCGUCUACACAUCUACUAGGUAUUUGAAUGCUCAAACUCGCUGAGGUGUCCGUCAGUUCGCCUGUAGGUCGCCGGACGCCCGGCCCAGGUCCGUGUAGCGCGACGUACCUGUGGCGCCGCUGCGGGCCCGACGGUACUCGCUCUCGCAGUCAUGUCGACUCGGGUCCUGCCGCUGCCGCUAGCUAGUCCCGUGCCUCCUGUUGUUGGUCGUCGUACAGUUGUCUAGUGGCAUCCUCGUUGUGUAGUUACUGUAAGAGUCCUGCCGGAGCAGGUGGCCAGUGUGGUGUGUGUCGGAGCGCGGGGGCGUGCGGCGGGCGGGGGGCGCUGCAGCUGCAGGGAGGGGGCGCGCGCUCCCGGCAGCCAGCGCGCACUACACGCUGCCGUGUGACGCACUCGGCCCUUACUCAACCCUCAAUCAUUUAGUAUUGCAAAUACAAAAAUGUUAUUUCGAAUUCCGGCGGUGCAUAGUCUACUGGUGGACUUCAAGUACUUGGUCAAUGAUUGAUACUUUAAGUUUAACUGCGUAUGCUUAUAAAACUAAAAGUAUGUUCUCUUUUACAAUAAACCGCAAAAGAAUAUACAAAAUGCGUGCGAAAUUUGCAUGACGCCUUAUGGCAUCAUCCAUAUAACGACAAUUAUGGUAAUUAUUACAGUCAUAAGGGAAAUGUUCAGAAAGAACUGUUUUUUACAAAGUUGCAAGAAAGUUCGCUAAUAAUACUAAAACAAUCUGUUGCCCACCAUGUAGUAAGAGCAAACCAGGCAAGCUUUAUGAUACUUUCUAGACCGGUGACCUAUUAAAAACCAAAACUUGUGUAAGGUGAGAAAAAUAUCUACAACAAAAUUUGAAAUUUGAAAUUGUUCCAGCUGCUCGCACCAGCUGGCACCCACCAAAGCCGUAGUGCAGCCUCUGCGCGGCCGGCAUGGAGGGCGGCGCGGGCGUGGCCAGCGUGGCCUCGCUCACCAUGGACUGCGAGGACAUGUUCAAGGAGAUCACCAAGAAGCUGUACGGCGAGGAGACCAGCGUGGGUGUGGGCGUGGGCGUAGUGGGCGUGGAGUUCCCCGCCGCCGAGCGCGACCUAGACGACGAGCUGCGCCCCGAGGAGCACAUCACGGCGUGGGGGCUGGCCGCGCUCAUGCAGAACGGCUUCCCGCCGCCCGGCAUCCUGCAGGCUAACUUCACGCCGCGCAUCGACCCGAGCGCGGAGGACCGCUGGACGGCGGCGGAGGAGCCGCUGGCUUGGGCGCACUCCCGCAUCGCCUCCUACAACCCCGCGCAGCGCCUAUUCAAGUGCGCCGACUGCGAGUGCGUCGGCUUCCUAGCGCGCGUGGCAGAGCACUGGCUGGGCACUCACUCGCAGGCGCGCGCGUUCCAGUGCCCACUGGCGGGCUGCGGGUUCGCGUCGGGCUGGGCGCGCGGCGUACGCUCGCAUCUGGCGCGCGACCACCACUCCGACCCCGCUGCCGCCGACCACCUGCUGCGUGACAACCCGGCGCUCGACGACCUCACGCGCUACUUACAGCGGCUCAAGAACAAGGUGGAGGCGAUGCGCAACGAGCGGCGCGUGAGCACGGGGGAGUCGGGCGUGAGCGAGGCGGUGAGCGGCGCGGGCGUGAUCGCGGGCGGCCCCAGCGGGGAGGCCGGCAAGCGCUACGCCUGUGCCGCCUGCCCCUACGCAACUGACCGCCGGGACCUGUUCACGCGCCACGAAAACAUCCACAGGGACGAGAAGCCCUUCCAUUGUUACUUAUGUCAGAAGCAAUUCAACCGCGCCGAUCACGUAAAGAAGCACUUCCUUCGGAUGCAUCGCGAUCAACCUUACGAUCUCAAUCGCAUCCGUCGUUCGGCGGUGGUGAAGACGGUAGUGGCGGCUCCGGCGCUGCACUACUACAGCAAGCCAGCGGGAGAGCCGCCGCCUGCGGCCGCGGUGGCGCCGCCGCCCGCGCCCCCGCCGCCCGCGCCCGCGCCCCCUCCCGAGUACCGGCCGCCGCCCGCCGUGAAGCUGGAGCGCGCUCCGCUCGGCAAGAGCGAGCCCGCGCCGGCGCCGGCGCUGCACAAGCCGGCCGCGCCGUCUCCGGCCGCCGCCGCCGCCGCCGCCAUCCGCCGCAAGGGCGAGCGGCGCUACGCGUGCUGCUACUGCGCGUGGUCGGGUGUGGACAACUGGUGCCUCAAGCGCCACCUGAACACACACUUGAAGCCGUUCGCGUGCGCGCUGUGCGAGUACAAGGCGGCGCGCGCAGAGCGCUUGGCCACGCACGUGCACAAGGUGCACAACAAGAAGGCGUGCGCUAAAUGCCCCUUCCUCGCCGACGACCAGCACCAACUCGCGCAUCACCUGCGCGACGCUCAUCACAUCGAAAGCCGUAACUUAAAAGUACCGUCAGGAGUGGGACGAGGCGGCGGGGGCACGUUCGCGGGCGGCGUGGUGGCGACGGCAGAGGCGGGAGGCGGCGCAGGCAGCGGGGGCGCGGGCGGGGGCGCGGGCGCG